AUGGCUGAGGAGGUGCAGAGGAAGGAAGGCCUCCACUCGGACACCCACACCAAGGAGAUCGACCUGGUUAAGAGAGACCCCAAGCACCUGAAUGACGAAAUCGUCAAAGUGGAGUUUGAGGAGGUGGUGGCAGAGCCUGAGGGAUACUACAGCCUGUCGCAGGUGUGGCGCCUCACCCACACCACCUUCACCGUCUCCGAGUACUGGUGCUACCGGCUGCUGACGGCCCUGUUCGGGGUCCCGCUGGCUAUCCUCUGGGGCUUCCUCUACGCCUGUGCCUCCUUCUGGCAGGUGUGGGCGGGUGUGCCGUGUCUCCGCUGCUUCCUGAUGGAGCUGCACUGCCUCGCCAGCACCCUCCCCAUCUGCCUCCGGGGGAUCUGUGACCCGCUGUCCCAUGCCGCAGGGGGGCUGCUCCUCAGUGUGCGCCUGGCCCUGAGGAAAGAGAUCUAG